CAUACACUGUUAUUCACAUCGGACAACUCGCAUUCAUUUAUACUCCCGAUUCCCGUUGGGAUUGCUGUAUUUCACACCGGAAAUUGACGUCAUCAUGGCCACUCACACCGCCGGAUCAGCCGCCGACGACCUCUCCAAACUGCAAAUCGACGACUGGGUCUCCUCCGCCGCUCCAAAUCUCCAGAAGAAUCUCUCCCUCCUCUCUCCUGAACAGGUGGAGUUGGCGAAGAUGCUACUGGAAAUGAAUCAAGGGCAUUUGUUUCAGCAUUGGCCGGAGGCCGGGGUUGAAGAUGAUGCCAAGCGUGCGUUUUUCGAUCAGAUCGCUCGACUUAAUGCAAGUUAUCCUGGGGGCCUGGCAUCGUACAUUAAAACUGCUAGAGAACUUUUGGCAGAUUCAAAGGCUGGGAAGAACCCAUAUGAGGGAUUUACUCCUUCAGUUCCAUCUGGAGAGGUUUUAACUUUCGGUGAAGAUAAUUUUGUGCAAUUUGAAGAUGCUGGUAUCCGUGAGGCAAGGAAGGCUGCAUUUGUCCUUGUUGCUGGGGGCCUUGGAGAACGUCUUGGCUACAAUGGUAUAAAGGUGGCUCUGCCGUUAGAGUCCACAACUGGAACAUGUUUCUUACAGCACUACAUUGAAUCUAUUCUUGCUUUACAGGAGAGUAGCUGUAAGCUAGCACAAGGUGAAGGACCAACAGAGAUUCCUUUAGCCAUAAUGACAUCAGAUGAUACGUAUUUACGCACCAAAGAUCUCUUAGAGAAAAAUGCUUAUUUUGGCAUGAAACCCUCGCAAAUAAAGCUGUUAAAACAGGAAAAAGUUGCUUGUUUAGAUGAUAAUGAUGCCCGGCUCGCUGUAGAUCCACAUAAUAAGUAUACCAUACAGACAAAGCCUCAUGGUCAUGGGGAUGUUCAUUCACUUCUCUAUUCAACUGGCCUCCUUAAAGAAUGGCAUGAAGCUGGCCGGAGAUGGGUUUUGUUUUUCCAAGAUACUAAUGGUCUUCUUUUCAAGGCAAUUCCAGCUUCAUUAGGUGUGAGUGCCAUCAAAGAGUACCAUGUCAACUCUCUUGCAGUUCCUCGGAAAGCUAAGGAAGCUAUUGGAGGGAUUACCAAGCUCACUCAUCAAGAUGGGAGGACGAUGGUGAUCAAUGUGGAAUACAACCAACUUGAUCCAUUGCUGAGAGCUACAGGGCAUGCUGAUGGAGAUGUCAACUGUGAAACAGGCUUUUCUCCUUUCCCUGGAAACAUAAACCAAUUGAUUUUUGAGAUUGGCCCUUAUCUGGAGGAACUUUCGAAAACAGGAGGAUCCAUUAAGGAGUUUGUUAAUCCCAAGUACAAAGAUUCUACCAAAACCGCGUUCAAAUCAUCUACUCGACUCGAGUGUAUGAUGCAAGAUUAUCCUAAAACUCUGCCACCUUCAGCUAGAGUUGGAUUUACUGUGAUGGAUGCUUGGUUGGCUUAUGCACCUGUUAAGAACAAUCCUGAAGAUGCAGCUAAGGUACCUAAAGGCAAUCCAUAUCACAGUGCUACUUCAGGAGAGAUGGCCAUAUAUAGGGCAAACAGCCUUAUUUUGAGAAAGGUUGGUGUUAAGGUAGAUGAACCAGUUCAACAAGUAUUCAACGGACAAGAGGUGGAUGUAUGGCCUCGUAUUGUAUGGAAACCCAAAUGGGGGCUUACAUAUUCAGACAUUAAAAGCAAAGUCGGUGGAAAUUGCUCCAUUACAGGAAAAUCCACCAUUGUCCUAAAAGGCAAAAGCAUCAAUCUCGAGAAUCUCGCCUUGGAUGGUGCCCUUGUUGUAGAUGCUGUCGAUGGUGCAGAGGUUAAAGUGGGAGGUUCUGUGCACAACGCGGGAUGGAUAAUCGAAAACGUCGAUUUUAAGGAUGCUUCAGUACCUGAAGAAGUGAGAAUCAGGGGUUUCAAAAUAAACAAAAUCGAACAGGUGGAGAAAACAUACAAAGAGCCUGGAAAUUACUCAAACUGAGAGGCCCACUUUCGUUGAAUUAUUAUUAUUAUCAAGUGCGGUAACAAAUCGACACUCAUCUAUCAUUUUCAUUUUUGCUUAAAUAAUUUUUUUGGGACUUCUGCAAUUUGUCGGAUAGUUCUAACCGAAACUUCAUUGAUUUUUUGUGUACCCCCUCCCCUACAUGAAUAUUUUCAGCUAAUUAAUAAAUGAAAAAAAACCGUCCAGAUUCCAUUUUUU